AUGGGGCGACCUCAUCUCCAUCAUAGUCCUGAGGAGCAGGCAAAGGCCGCUCGUGCAUACAGACAUAGUUAUUACCAAAGGAACCGCGAACAGUUCUGUCCCAAAAACAAAGAGCAUCAUUGUCAAUGUAAAUGCAGUUCAUCAUCACACAGCAGGUCACAAGACCACGUUAAUAACGAAGAUGCCGAUGAAAUAUCUGAGUCCAAUCAAAUUCAUCAACCUCACCUAGGACCACCUGAACGUUUGACCUCUGAGUCUGAACCUCCUAUACAUAAUUUGCGAUAUAAGUCUCCGACCUCACAUAUCAAGAAUUGUCUUGUGAUUUUUCUUGGUGGCCCGGACAUUAAGAUAUACAAUUACCUCGAUAUUAUCUGCCUCACACUACUAAAAUGCAUGGACAAUACACUCGACAUUGAAGACAUUAUCCCUUCAAUUAGGAAACUUGAAAGACUGGAGAAAGAUGCUCGUGCGGAGGAGGCUGGAAUCCUGCAGUACUAUGGUGUGGGACCAAAGCUGGUUCAAGUCCAGGGAAUAGGCAAGGAGGUUCAUCAUCUUCUGAGUGCAUUGGAGGAAGUGUUUAUUUACGGUCUCACCAGUAUUACUGAAUUGGCAGUCAUGUAUGAUGGAGGAGAAUUGUUAUUUCAGUCACAGUAA